CCUUACUGUCUGGCUCUGCCUGUACUCACACUUUUGUAGAGCAUCGCUCAACCAUUUCAGCAUGCUGUCUAGUUUCACCGAGGCGCUAAGGCACAAAGGGGGACCGAUGUGACCAUGAAGCCAAGAAAUGCAAUGGAAACUUUGCGGAAAGCGCUGGGGAGGACUGAGAGCAGCCGAAUAGCAAGUAGCAAACGGCCCGGGAAGGCAUCUGAGCCACACAGCUUCAAAGAGAAGGUAUUUAAGAAGAAGAAAAAGGCAUGUGUGGUGUGCAAGGAAUCCAUCGAGGCCCAAGGGCUGGUAUGCAAAGUGUGCAAACUGGCAAGCCACAAGAAAUGCGAAGGCAAGGUACCUGCCUCCUGCCAGCCGCUUCCCCCACCUGAACUGAGACGGAAUACAGCCCCAGUCCGGCGCAUUGAGCAUUUGGGCUCCACCAAGUCCCUCAACACUGCAAAGCAUCGUAACACAUUACCCAGGAGUUUCAGCCUGGACCACGUGAUGGAACGCAAGUAUGAUUUUGACCUCACUUAUAUCACCGAGCGCAUCAUCUCUGUCUUCUUCCCCCCCGCCUUGGAGGAGCAACGUUACCGUGGCAACCUGCGGGAGGUGGCCCAGAUGCUGAAAUCCAAGCAUGAGGACAAAUACAUGCUCCUCAACCUGUCAGAGAAACGUCAUGACAUCAUCCGACUGAACCCCAAGGUUCAAGAUUUUGGCUGGCCAGACCUACAUGCCCCGCCACUGGACAAAAUCUGCUCCAUCUGCAAAGCCAUGGAGAACUGGCUGAAUUCAGACCCACAGCAUGUGGUUGUGCUUCACUGCAAGGGCAACAAGGGGAAAACGGGUGUGAUCGUAGCAGCCUAUAUGUACUACAGCAAAAUCUCUGCAAGUGCGGACCAGGCUCUCAGCACGCUGACCAUGCGCAAGUUCUGUGAGGACAAGGUGGCUGCCUCCCUGCAGCCCUCUCAGAAGAGGUAUAUCCAUUAUUUCAGCGGGCUGCUUUCGGGUUCAAUCAAGAUGAACAGCAACACGCUCUUCCUCCAUCACGUCUUGCUCCCGGCGAUUCCUGCCUUUGAGGCUGGAGGAGGCUAUCAACCUUUCCUGAAGAUCUAUCAAUCCAUGCAGCUGGUCUAUACCUCGGGGAUCUACAGCCUCCAUGGGACCAGCGGAUCUCAGAAGCUCUGCAUCACCCUGGAGCCAGCCUUGCUCCUGAAGGGGGAUGUCAUGGUGAAAUGCUAUCACAAGCAGCUCCAGGGAGCCGAGCGGGAUGUUGUUUUCCGGGUCCAGUUCCAUACCUGCACCAUCCAUAGCAACCAACUGUGGUUUAGCAAAGACGAGCUGGAUGAAGCCUGGAGAGAUGAACGCUUCCCUUUCGAAGCCAGUGUCGAAUUUGUUUUCUCUUCCAGCCCAGAGAAAAUAAAAGGCCGGGAGACAUAUAGGAACCAUGCUGCAGCUACGGUGGAUUACAACAUCUCUGACCCGAUCGUGCGGUGGGACUCCUAUGAACACUUCAACUUGCGCCACGAGGACAGCCUGGAAGAUGUCUCACAUACCCGGGGCCCGCUUGACGGCAGCCUCUAUGCCAGGGUCAAGAAGAAAUGUGACCUUAGCGACUUCUCUUCUAGCAACGGCAGCCCCAGCAGCCCAGAGUCCCCUCCGCAGCAAGGCGGGCGCCUCCUUUCCAUCAGCAGCGACUCAGGGCACUCGUCCAUGCUGACCGAGAAGGCGGACGACAACACGCCGCCAUCCAGGCUCCAGCCCACCCUUGCCGAGAAGGAGGAGUUGGACAGGCUGUUGGGUGGAUUUGGCGUCCAACCUCCUUCCCGGCAGCAGAGUGAGGGAAAUUGUUCUCAUGACAUUCCCGCCUCCACCGUUGCCCCCAAGGAGAGAGAAACUGCCAUUUUGGAAGAUGAGCUCUCAGACGUAGGCCCUCCAGGACACCACUUUUCCUACCAAACUCACCGCCCGGGCCUGGCCCGCCACUGUUCCUGCCGCCUUGGUUACCGCUCCCACAGCCCUGAAAGGCCUCACAACAUAGGCUAUUACAGACCAGAUGGCACUUUGGAGCGGCGACAGCCCAUCUACAAUGGUGGGCAUACCCACACACACCCUGAGGGGUAUGAAGAGAAACAGAGGGUAUACCGCUCGCUUUCUGAGGGCGUACAACCCCACUCUUACCCUUUCAGCCAUGAACCACUGCCCCCUCACAGUCCGAGUCGACGGGAGCCUGAGGAGCUAAUAAUCUUGGAGGAUCCGCCCACUUUCUUAUGCCCCUGCCAGGAUUGCCAAGAGGUAGCUCGUGAAGAGGCAAGGAUGCCCACUGCUUCCUUCUACGGCCUACGCCUAGACCGGGAACCUGAUCUAUGGGGGAUGGAGAACACGAGGCCGUCCCUCCAUCAUCCACUACACCGGGGUGGUCAGCCUGUGCCUCUUCUUAUGCCAGCUACCUAUGGGCAUCACCAUGUGUCCCAUGGGCAACACCAGGCUUUUAACUUCGAGCCGAAGAUGGUGCCUCCGCACCUAAACCUUGGUUAUCCUGCACACCAGAGGGCAAAGAUCAUGGAAGAGAAUGCAGAACCGUUCCCGUAUCCCCGCUACGGUCCAGCUUAUCCUCCAGUAGCAUCGUACACAUAUGGCAGAGCCCCAGGCAAGACCUGCAUUUCCCCUUAUGCCUCGGGGUACUCAGGAUCUCCGCAUUCAGGCUCCAUUUCACCAACCAGCCAACUGUAUCCUACCCCGAGGAAGCAUGGGUAUGAGCCCCUGGAGAACAGCGAAGGAUACCUCCUACCAGGGGCCCCAGAAAGGCCACGUGAGCUGCAAGAGUGCAGAGAGGCCGUCUCCUGGCAAGAGGUUCCCAGCCCACUUCAGCAGCACCUGCAGGACGGUCGAGCUACUUGUGCAGACAUAUCGGGCCCUCCCAUGCACACCAGUAGCCCAGUAUUCAGCAGUGACAGCCCUGGAACACGCAAGCACGGCAACACAGCCACCAACCCACCUGAACCAACGCUUCACUCAGCCCCUGAGGAGCUGGCUUCUCCUGGCUGGAAAAGAGGCCCAGAGAAGAUGGCUUCCCCAAGCAGUCCCACACAGACUCCAUCCCCAAUGCAAGCUUUCACCCAUCUCCCUGCCUUCAGGCCUCAAACUAACGGAACAUCACUGAGGCUAGGCCUCCAGUCGCCACAGGCGUGUUCCCGUGCUCACUGCACAUCCAGCCCACCACACAUCUCACCCACAACCAAACAUAGCAUCUUUCAAGAGGCCCAGCCACACCAAAACGGAUCAGAAAUGUCCGGCCCUCACACGGCAGCAGCCUCUCGUGACUUAUCGGCGGAAGACAAAUUAGGGCACCAAAUAGGACCUGUCGUGGAGAGACAGGCCCAGAGGAGCAGCCCGGUGGUUCCCUGCCACGGCCAGCCCUCUCCCACCUGCAGAACUGUGUCCAGUACUCCAGCAUCACCUCAGAGUCCAACGGCCUGUAAUGGCCGCCUGCACAACGAGAGAGCCGGGCCCGAGAUGAGUACCCUUUCCCAUUGCCCCAACAAUAGCCCUUCUCUCGGGCACUGCUCCAUCAGCGUCCAGCCGCCAGCCCUCAACUACGGUCUUACUGACACACAGGGCUCACCGACUCCAGCCUUCCCCAUUGCAACAGCCUAUUACACAGGUGUAGAGAGUAGCCCCUCCAGUCGGGAUCACCUCUGCGAACAGCAGCAGCCUCCACUGCCAGAGAAACAUCACGCCCUCGGAGCCAGAAACUGGGAAAGGACGUCGCCACCCGGUCGCAGCCCCGGCUCGGCUCACCACGUGACCUUUGCGCCGGGUGUUCCUGAUGGCAUGACAUCUGGAUCAGAGCCACAACAAGAGAAUCAAGUGAGCGUCAAAUUUGUCCAAGACACAUCCAAGUUCUGGUACAAGCCUCAUUUGUCUCGGGACCAAGCCAUAGCUCUCCUCAAGGACAAGGAACCCGGCACCUUCCUUAUCCGGGACAGCAACUCCUUCCAAGGGGCCUACGGGUUGGCCCUGAAAGUGGCGACGCCUCCGCCCAACAGCAUCAACCACUCCACCAAAGGAGACCCUGCCGAGCAACUAGUGCGUCACUUCCUGAUCGAGACGGGGCCCAAGGGGGUGAAGAUCAAAGGCUGUAACAACGAGCCCCAUUUUGGCAGCUUGCCAGCCCUGGUGUCCCAGCAUUCCAUCACUCCCAUCUCGUUGCCGUGCCGCCUCCGCAUCCCAAGCAAAGAUCUUGUACUGGAGAGCCCAGAGCUGGCUGUUCCCACCAACAUGAGCACUGCUGCAGACCUGCUGAGGCAGGGUGCAGCCUGCAGCGUGCUGUACCUGAGCUCCGUGGAAACGGAGUCCCUGACGGGUCCACAGGCCGUGGCCAAGGCAGCCACCAGCACCCUGAGCGCCACGCCCCGUGCUUCGGCCUGCGUCGUGCACUUCAAGGUGUCAGCCCAGGGCAUCACGCUCACAGACAACCAGAGGAAGUUGUUUUUCCGGCGUCAUUACCCUGUCAGCAGCGUCACCUUCUGCAGCACGGAUCCUCAAGAUCGGAGGUGGGCAAACCCUGAUGGCACCACAUCCAAGAUCUUUGGCUUUGUGGCCAAGAAACAGGGCAGCCCGUGUGAGAACAUCUGCCACCUGUUUGCAGAACUAGACCCUGAGCAGCCAGCGUCGGCCAUCGUUAACUUCAUCACCAAGGUUAUGCUGGGGACGCACCGACGAUGAAAAGCAGCCGAAGAACUUGGCUCGGGAGGCCUGAUUUCAUCCUCCCCGGUUGGACUGCUGUUCCUCAACAGCUGCAAGGGGUGGAAUCCCCACCAAUGGAGAAGACGCUCUAACCGGGCAGGUUGGCCCAGCGUAGGCACAGCCAUUCUAGGAAUUUUGUCCUUUCCUUCCUGUCUCUCUUCUUUCAUCCACUGGCCAGCAAAAGGGGCGCAAGGAGCUUAUGACAGCACCCGCCCACCCCCAGCCCAGCCACAGGACUGCACGGCUCUAACAUCAAUUGAGUAGGAAUUAGCAACUCCCUAUGACAAAAGGCUCUCAGCAAAAGCAAACAGCACAAGGAACAGGGAAUGCCAUCCGCAUCCACUAGAGGGCAGCAGCAGUUGCAGGAUAGAAGCAGGAGUUUGGAUUCCUUUGGCCGGCGAGGGCGUCGCACCAAUAUGACUUGGGACAUAGAAAUGGGCCAGUCUACACAGCUGGUAGUAAACGUAGGGUUGAGAUCCCACUGCAAGGGUGUUGUUGGCAAGGGAAAAGCUUGCCCUGCUUCAGAAACCUGACAAAGUGGUGGCAGGAUGGGGGAAGCCACCUGAGUGGAGAAGAGUGUUUCAGAUGGGUAGCCAUGUUGGUUUGUAGUAGAAGAGCAAGAUUUGGGACUUGUAACACCUUACUUAGGGGUCGAAGAAAGGAUUCUGCUUGCUUGCAUCGACUCACGUGCAGGCAGCACUUAGCAGGGGAGGAGCAGCUGCACUUCCCCGCCCCUCUCUGAGCUUCUUGUAGCGGGUAGUUUAUUCCCACGAGCUUUAUUGCCUCCUAAGCUUAAGUCCCAGCAGUUACUCAGCAUAAAAGGAAGGUGAAACAGAAGUGUUGCAUUUCCAGGGACUCAGCUUGGCACUGUUCUAAUUCUGGAACCAUGUUCUCUUUCUGAUUCCACCCCUUGCCGGACAUUUCUGUUGCUUGUACCUGGGAGUCACUCGUUCUGAUUUCCCAGGGAGCUUUCAUUCAGACUUUGGGUUCGCAUAGGCUGCUGUUGGCUAUUGUCAAACUUGUUUCAACUUCUGUGUGCUUGUGGAAUAAGAUGGUAUAGAUCAGUCUUGAGGGAGCUGAAAAACUAGCAGAUGAAACGGGGGGGGGUCAGCUCUACACUCACCUCUCUGUGGUUGCAAGCCUCCACGUGGGAUCUGGAGUUCCAACUGACCUUCAGGCUACAGAGAUAAGUUUCCCUGGAGGAAAUGGCAGCUUCCCAGGGUAGACUGGUGGUUGAGAGUACCCUCAAGUCAUAGCUGACUUAUGGCAAUCCCUGGCAGGAGACUAACAAGAGGCGGUUUGCCAUUACCUGACUCUGCAGCGCUGCUCUUUUCUGGAGGUCUCCCAUCCAAUUACUAACCAAGGCCGACCCUGCUUAGCUUCUGAGAUCUGAUGAGAUCAGGCUCACCUGGGCUAUCCAGGUCAUAGUCCCAGGGUAGACUAUAUGGCAUCGGAUUUCCACUGAGCUCCUUUCCCUCUCCACAUUCCUCUCUGCCUAACCGCCACUUCCAAAUGUUCAGGAAUUCUCCAAGCUGGAGUUGGCAACCCUACCCUCCUCCCAUAUUCUGGGUUAAGCUACCAUGUUGGAAACAGUAUUAAUGGGUGGGAUUGACAGUGCAAUAGAGAAAUGCAAAAGCUCAUGAUUAUCAGCCUGGGAUGUUUGUAAUUUUGUCCUCGUCAGGGGGCGGAAGGACAUUUGUUAUACAAACGAGCAUGCUGGUCUUUGCAUUUGAACCCUGACUAAAGCACUUUUCAUAGUCAUGUAAAAUAUAUGCUCGGGUUAUACAAACAAGGCCAAUAGUCUACAAGGCCUCCAGAAAGGUCAGCUUUGAAUAGCUGAACUUGUACAUAUAAACUCUGCUGAUGGGUCAAUAUUCCCAUUGCCAGUUACCAAUAAAUCACUUGUCCACUUUCCCCCACUAGUCCUAUAAUGGAGCAGCAUGUGUAACAUUAGGCAGCUGUAUGUGAUGAAGGGGUUAAGAGUGGGUCAGAGAGAGCUGGCUGUGUGCCAUGUUGAUUCCUCCUUUUCUUGGGGAAGGAGACCAGCCAAGGUCUGAACGUGUGCCUAAAAUAUCAUACAUCAGCGAGGAGACCCCCGUUCUAUCCAGAACAAAAAGCCACAGUAGCUUGGGGUCUAGUGAGUUGGCAGAGAUGAGAGCUUGAAUUCCUGGGUUCUGUUAUUCCUAGGAAAACAAUCAGACUGAGCAUUUGGAUCAGGAGUAGAUUCUGCAGAAUUCUUUUUUGUGUUAAGAUUCCCAGUUCUCUCUCAAGCAUGACCCAGUCAUAUAAGAGCAGUGCUGUUGAUUCAGUGCAACAAGGUGGAAUUCUCGAGUUAGAUAAAGAAAAAGUAGAAGUACCAUUUUUAAAAAGUCUUGUUUUGCAGCGAGGGUUCUUUGCCAGAUACAAGAGUGCCACAUUCGCUGUGGUUCAAGGUCAGGUCUCAUAACUGGAACCAAGAAAAACCCUCUUGCAGGAAUUAUAGCAUGGAGAAGGGUACCUUACUCAGGUAUUACUCACUCACUCG